UUAAAGAUCCUCGCAAGAGACAAUGGUUCAGUACAAGUUUCGGUUUGCUUUUAAUUAUACUUGUUUCUGGAAAUCAUGUGGUGCAUCCCCUCAUCUGCCUGUUAAUUAAUGCAGUCAUCGUAACCAGGCUUUCUUGGAAACUCUCUGAAGUACCGAAUCAUAUUUUUUCAAAUUCAUAACAUGAUUACAAUACUCUGUUAAGUUUGAUUAGGUAAAAUAUUAAGAUAAUAAUGUGGAUAAAUGUCUAGUAAUUUUUUAAAUAGCAUGAUCAUUUAAUUUGAUUUCUACCACAUAAAUGUAAAGUAUAUUCUAUCGUACAUCUACAUUCUAUAAUAUGAUAUGCCACCUAGCCAGUUUAUAUUUUUCAUUUUUUUAUUUACUUGUUAUUUUUCGAUUGGGACACUUGGUUGGGAUGCCGGUGCCGCCUGCACAUACAAAUUUAGUUCAAAUGAUUCUUACAUUGAAGUUAUCUGGAUUGGCAUUUGAAAUAAACUCUGCAGCUACCAUGACACUACCGGAUGAUCCUCAAGGGAUUAAUAGUGCAGCUUUAAAAAAGAUUAGCUUUAUGGAUGUAUUUCAUUAUGGUCUAAGUUACAUGGGAGUUUUGACAGGUCCCUACUAUCGGUAUAGAACAUAUUGGGAUUCGCUAAAUAGACCUUUUUCUAAUUACAUCGAUCCAUGGCCUCUGACAUUGUAUAAAUUAAAACAAACGACAAUAUUAUCUGUACUUUUUUUGUUAAUGAAUUAUACAUUCCCCACAGAGUAUACUGUGUCAGAAGAAUAUGCAAAUCGAUCAUUGUUAUAUAGAUGGUUCUACACGUACCCAGUCUUUGCAACAUUUCGUCUAAGACUAUUUUCUGGGAUAAUUCUGUCAGAGUGUGCAUGUCAAAUGGCUGGAUUAGGUGCUUAUCCCACCAAAUGUGAAACUACGCCUGGAGCAGGGCCACGUAAUUACAAGGAAUUCGAAGAAAUUUGUGCGGAUAAGGAAAAAAUAAAACAAGAACAAUUUGAUUUUGAAACCAUACAUAACAUGAAUAUAUGGCAAGUGGAAACUUGUCAUUUAGUAAGAUCAUGUAUGAAGUAUUGGAAUUCUUGUAUACAAUAUUGGAUGGGUAUUUACAUAUACAAAAGAUUUCCAUUCAAAUCAUUAAGAAUGAUAGUGACAUUAACUCUGUCAGCGUUAUGGCAUGGUUAUGCUGUUGGUUACUAUGUUUGCAUAUGCUCAGUUCCAUUUUAUUUACUGAUAGAAGACCUGUUAAUAAAGUUCCACAAUCAACACGAGAAGGAUAGUAUUGGCUGGAAAAUCUGGACGUUUACUCUAUGGGCAAUGAGAUUAUCCUGUAUGGCUUACUUGGGUGUUCCAUUUCUAUUACUCGACUUUCGGCAAAUAUUACAAUUUUAUGCAAAUCUAUAUUAUAUCGGCCAUAUUACCUCAGUUAUAAUAUAUAUAAUAGCCAGAUUAAUGAAACCCAUAAUGAUAAAGAAGAACGUAGAAAAGAACAAAUAGGUAGAAGACGAAAAAAAAUAUUUUUCUAUCAACUAGUAAUUAACUGUCAUAAAUAAAAGAUUCAAAAUAUUCACAGUAUGAUAUUAAACACAUGUAAAAAUAUCAUCAGGUUAUCAGCUAUAAAAGAAUACACUGCACUCGUAUUAAGGAAAAUGGAUUUAUAAAAAAAAAAAAAAAAAAUACGAACUUCUGUGAUAGAUGCCUGCUACAAUAGGUUGAAAUUCGCCUAAGGAAUAUCACGAAAAUUUCUGGUCCAGUAAGGCCGAACUAAUGUUGUCUUCCUGCACAGCAAGAAGGAACAUGACAUUAUAUACAUACCGUAAGUAUGUAUUACAAAAUAAUUGCCUUUUCCGUAGACUUUAAUGAUUUGCGAUGAUAAUUAAGGGAUUAAAUGUAAAUUCAUAAUAAUAUUAUAGUAGUGUACAUAACACUAGAGUAAGUUCAAGGAUAAAAAUGGAGAAUAAGAAAUUAAACAAAACAAAACAAAAAAUAUACACACAUAUAAUAAGUUAAAAAAAAUCUUUAUUAAUCGCCCUUACAUCAAUAAAUAUACCCUUUGAAUCGACGAAGUUGUAAAAGCAAAUAUAUACAACACAUAUAGUAAA